AUGAAUCAAACCAAGAAUGAAAAUAUUCUCAGCGCAAUUCUUAUACUGUUGAACCCACCUUAUCCAAAAUUGCCAUUUCGCUCGGCUUCAAGCUCCGGCCGGACGCACUCCAGUGCAGGCGCCGGCUCGGAUCGUAUGUUCUUUAAAGUAGGCUCAAGUGAAGCUUCUACUAGAUUGGGAUCAAGUCGUUCGUUAGCGAGCACGAAUCCAAGUCGAGUAUUCUCCAACUCAGGCUCGACUCGUUCACCAGCAACCACACAUUCAAGCCGCACAUCUAGCCGCUCAGCCUCAAAGAAAAUGUCCUACGGCUCAAAAUCAAGCGGAACAUCAUCGGAUUCAGUCUCAAUCAAAUCAACGGCUGACGAAUGGGGACCUUACAUUGAUACUAGAAAAUGCGCACACAGAGAACAUGAUCAACUGGGCUGGGCUGGCCCAAGACUUGGAGAAGAUCCACUAGUAAAAGCAUGUUCUGAUAAGAAGAGUGAUCAAAUGGAAAGGAAUGCUAAGGCGGAGAGGAAAGGUCAGUCGAAGAUGAGGAAGAAGGAAGGUUUUUUUUAUUGA